AUGCCAGAGUUUUUUUACUUGCAAAAUUCCUCCGUCAACAUCAGUACUCUGGAUGGCCUUUUCGCUGGCCACUGUGAGGACUUGAUCACCGGUAUCCUGGUCUGGGCCAUCUUCUCUACACUCUUCUCAGUCCUGGGCUGUCCCGCCUGUGUCGCUGUCCUGUGGGAGCUUUUCCAGAGAUACAAAGCAGGUACCCCUUUCACUCCAAAUGACAUCUUUAUGCUCAAUCUUACUUGCAUGGACUUGGUUUUCUUGUUUUUCAUCCCAAGUGGCUGUUUUAACUACCUUCUCUGGCACAUUGAUGUAAUACAAAUGUUCACUGACUUUGUGUGCUCCCUUAAUCUGGCUGGGCGGCCUCUUCUGACUGCCUGUAUCUGUAUUGACUGCUAUCUGGCUGUGGUCCAUCCAGUCUUCUAUAGAGCAAAUAAAAGCCCUACUUCACGCCUGCUCAUGUGCGCUGUAGUAUGGACCAUAACUCUCAUACAAGGCACACUGUCCACCAUCAUUGAUGAGUUCUUCCAUAGCCCCUGGGCCAUGUUUAUCUACGUCAUAGCGCUUCCCAUUAUAACCACAUGCAACAUCUUUAUCCUCUGUGCACUCAAGUCCACGUUCCCAGGCCAGACAGACCUUCACCCCAAGAAGAAAAAGGCUCUACAGAUCAUUACCAAUAGUAUGGUGAUGACUUUUGUUGCCUAUGUGCCUCCUGUUUUGGGAUACAUCCUGGGUGGUUUCCUUACCACUGAUGACCAUGAGUAUGAGUGCUUUGUGGCCAUACCUAUCCUCAUAGCUCCAGCAGCAGGGAGCGCCAUGAUGCCUGUGCUGUAUUUGGGGAACCUGGGUAAACUGGGAAGGCUGUGUAAUAAUUAA